UCUGUCGCCAUCUUGCCCCUUCUGAGGCACCGCAAACAAACCUAAUUCCUGGUGUCCCCUAGUCUUGGCGGAGGAGCCUUUUAGAUGAGCCCCGAAAGGCCGGGCAGGGAGGACAAGCUCUUUGGGGCUACCAAACAGAAGCAGCAAUGCCUGUUGUGUGGCCAACCCUUCUGGAUCUCAGCAGGGAUGAAUGCAAACGAAUUCUUCGAAAAUUGGAAUUGGAGGCAUAUGCUGGAGUUAUCAGUGCACUUCGUGCACAGGGGGAUCUCACCAAGGAAAAGAAAGAUCUUCUUGGAGAACUCUCAAAAGUCCUUAGCAUCUCAACAGAACGCCACCGUGCUGAAGUUCGGAGAGCAGUAAACGAUGAACGGUUAACAACAAUUGCACAUAAAAUGAAUUUAUCCUUAUAUUUGGGUGAAAGACCAAGUUACAGUAUGUCUGGACCUAAUAGCUCUUCAGAAUGGUCCAUUGAAGGGCGUAGAUUGGUACCACUGAUGCCCCGGCUGGUUCCCCAGACUGCCUUCACCGUAACGGCAAAUGCUGUGGCCAACGCAGCUGUCCAGCACAACGCAUCCCUUCCCGUGCCUGCAGAGACAGCGAGCAAAGAAGGUGUCAGCUGUUCAGAUGAAGAUGAAAAGCCCAGAAAACGCAGGCGAACAAACUCUUCGAGUUCUUCUCCUGUGGUCCUGAAAGAAGUUCCCAAGGCUGUUGUUCCAGUCUCGAAGACCAUCACUGUGCCUGUGAGUGGCAGUCCCAAGAUGAGCAACAUCAUGCAGAGCAUUGCCAACUCCUUACCACCCCACAUGUCACCUGUGAAAAUAACUUUCACCAAACCAUCAACGCAGACGACAAACACAACACAGAAGGUUAUUAUAGUGACCACAUCACCAAGUUCAACCUUCGUGCCCAACAUUCUCUCCAAAUCCCAUAACUAUGCAGCUGUCACUAAGCUUGUACCAACAUCAGUCAUUGCUUCCACAACUCAGAAGCCACCUGUUGUUAUAACUGCACCACAGUCCUCUCUGGUCAGCAGCAGCAGCAGCAGUGGCAACAGCAGUUCUACACCAUCACCUAUUUCUAGUACAGUAGCAGUAACAGCCGUGGUGUCUUCCACACCAUCCGUGGUCAUGUCAACAGUAGCACAAGGUGUAUCCACAUCAGCAAUCAAAAUGGCAUCGACAAGACUUCCUUCCCCCAAAAGCUUAGUGAGUGCCCCUACCCAGAUUCUUGCACAGUUUCCUAAACAGCAUCAGCAGUCUCCUAAGCAGCAGUUACAUCAAGUGCAGCAACAGACACAGCAGCCAGUGGCCCAGCCUUCCUCAGUGUCUCAGCAGCAGCCCCAGCAGUCACCACUGCCACCUGGCAUCAAACCUACCAUCCAGAUCAAACAGGAGUCAGGUGUUAAAAUCAUCACACAGCAGGUUCAACCAAGUAAAAUCUUACCCAAACCAGUGACUGCAACUCUACCCACCAGUAGCAAUUCCCCUAUUAUGGUGGUUAGCAGUAAUGGUGCAAUUAUGACAACUAAACUGGUAACUACUCCUACCGGUACUCAGGCAACCUACACCCGGCCAACAGUGAGCCCAUCCUUAGGUCGAGUAGCCACAACCCCUGGAGCUGCAACCUAUGUGAAAACUACCAGUGGUAGCAUCAUUACUGUAGUACCCAAAUCAUUAGCUACCUUGGGAGGCAAGAUAAUUAGCAGUAAUAUUGUUUCUGGAACGACUACCAAAAUCACUACAAUCCCAAUGACUUCCAAGCCCAAUGUGAUUGUCGUACAAAAGACUACAGGAAAAGGAACGACCAUUCAAGGCCUCCCUGGCAAAAACGUUGUCACAACAUUGCUAAAUGCUGGAGGAGAAAAGACUCUUCAGACAGUGCCAACUGGAGCAAAGCCAGCAAUCAUUACUGCUACAAGACCCAUCACCAAAAUGAUUGUAACACAGCCCAAAGGAAUAGGUUCUGCAGUCCAGCCAGCAGCUAAAAUCAUCCCAACAAAAAUUGUCUAUGGACAACAAGGGAAAACACAGGUUCUCAUUAAACCCAAACCAGUGACAUUUCAAGCUACAGUUGUUAGUGAACAAACAAGGCAACUGGUAACAGAAACAUUACAGCAAGCAUCUAGGGUAGCAGAGGCCGGUAAUUCAUCAUCAGCUCAGGAAGGAAAAGAAGAACCACAGGGUUAUACAGAUAGUAGUUCCUCUUCCACAGAGUCCUCCCAGAGUUCCCAAGAUUCCCAGCCUGUAGUUCAUGUAAUUGCUUCCCGGCGUCAGGAUUGGUCAGAACAUGAGAUUGCAAUGGAGACUAGCCCCACCAUAAUAUAUCAGGAUGUAUCCAGUGAAUCACAAUCAGCUACAUCAACAAUCAAAGCUCUGUUAGAACUCCAACAGACAACAGUAAAGGAAAAAUUGGAAUCUAAACCAAGACAACCCACUAUUGACUUGAGUCAAAUGGCAGUACCUAUUCAGAUGACCCAGGAAAAGAGACAUUCUCCUGAGAGUCCAUCCAUUGCUGUGGUAGAGUCAGAACUAGUUGCUGAAUACAUCACUACUGAACGCACUGAUGAGGGGACAGAGGUUGCUUUUCCCCUUCUAGUCAGCCAUCGCUCCCAGCCCCAACAACCUUCCCAGCCCCAGCGGACCCUGCUCCAACAUGUGGCUCAGUCACAGACUGCAACACAGACUUCAGUGGUGGUAAAGUCCAUCCCAGCGUCUUCCCCUGGAGCAAUCACCCACAUUAUGCAGCAGGCAUUAAGCAGUCACACUGCUUUUACCAAACAUAGUGAGGAACUUGGAACUGAGGAAGGUGAGGUUGAAGAGAUGGACACAUUGGAUCCUCAGACAGGUCUGUUUUACCGGUCUGCCCUGACUCAGUCACAGUCGACUAAGCAGCAGAAACUUAGCCAGCCCCAGCUGGAACAGACUCAGCUGCAAGUGAAAACUCUGCAGUGCUUUCAGACCAAACAGAAGCAGACCAUCCACCUGCAGGCAGACCAACUCCAGCACCAACUCACGCAGAUGCCCCAGCUCUCCAUCAGGCAUCAGAAACUGACUCCUCUCCAGCAGGAACAAGCACAGCCCAAGCCAGAUGCACAGCACACACAGCAUCCCGUGGUGGCCAAAGACAGGCAGCUUCCUACCUUAAUGGCACAGCCCCCGCAAACUGUAGUACAGGUGCUUGCUGUGAAAACCACGCAGCAGCUUCCUAAACUGCAGCAAGCUCCAAACCAACCAAAAAUCUACGUGCAACCCCAAACUCCCCAGAGCCAAAUGGCUCUCCCCACUUCAUCAGAGAAACAGCCGGCAAGCCAGGUGGAGCAGCCAAUUAUAACCCAAGGAUCCUCUGUUACAAAGAUAACAUUUGAGGGGCGCCAGCCUCCCACAGUUACAAAGAUAACUGGUGGCAGUUCUGUUCCUAAGCUGACAUCACCAGUUACAAGCAUAUCUCCCAUUCAGGCCUCUGAGAAGACAGCAGUGUCAGACAUUUUGCAGAUGUCUUUGAUGGAAGCUCAGAUUGAUACAAAUGUAGAACAUAUGGUAGUGGAUCCCCCAAAGAAGGCUCUAGCCACCAGUGUGCUCACCGGUGAGGCAGGAGCUUUACCCUCCACCCACGUGGUGGUGGCAGGGAUGGCGAAAUGUAGAGAGUCCUGUUCAAGUCCAUCUGCUGUUGGCCCUCCCCUAACGACCAGAAAGAUCGAAGCAGCAGGAGUGCCUGCGACAGGCCAGUUCAUGCGUAUUCAGAAUGUAGGCCAAAAGAAAGCUGAAGAAAGCCCAACAGAAAUUAUCAUCCAGGCCAUUCCCCAGUACGCUAUUCCUUGUCACUCCAGCUCCAAUGUGGUGGUGGAGCCCAGUGGGCUUCUUGAACUGAACAACUUCACCAGUCAGCAGCUGGAUGACGAUGAGACAGCAAUGGAACAGGACGUAGACAGUAGCACGGAGGAUGGAACUGAGCCCAGCCCCUCUCAGAGCUCUGCUGAACGGUCCUAGUGUUCAGACACCAGAGUGCACUUUAAAGCCUGCUUGGUUACCAAGUGUCCAGGGAAACCUAUGAUUUGUUGUCAAAAAAAAAAAGCACUUUGCUCAUAGUUAGGCUGUGGACCUAGCUAGAAACACGAUGUUUCAAUGAGAUGUUGCUGCAGGAGCAGCAUUUUAACAAGAUAAAACUCACAGGGGAAUAUACUUUAAAAAAAAAAAAAAUGGAGAGGAAAAA